UCGGCACGUCACCGACCUACACCACUUGCGCCCGCCAUCGCCCGCUAGCCUCCUCCCCGGCUCACCUCGGGUCUCUCUGAUUCUAUCCAUCCUCGCUCCCCGCUUCCAUCGCAGGCAGCCGAGCGCCCACCACCCACCCGCCGACGCCUUUGUCCCGCCCGUAAGAUGACCUAGCGGCCUCUCGCGAGCUGCACAGGUCUAUAUAAUCUCCCCGGCUAACCAUCACCAUGUCGUCGUCGUCGCGUCUCGCGUCCCGGUCCGCCGACGCCAGGCUGGCCGGCCUCGCCCUCUCCCGCCCUCUCCGUGGCCGGGCACGGCUAGCCUCGGCACGCGCCGCCUUCCCGAGAGCCGAGCGGGCCUACGCGACCGAGAACAAGGAGCCCUCCGGCCCUAGCUUCCGGGGUCAGAUGCUCCAGAGCAUCAGUUCGCGAAUUGCCCGCGAGAAGGCCGAGCGCGAAAAGUUUGCGAGAGAGCGAGAACAGUCGGCCGGGUCGUCGCGAUGGUAUACCACCUUCUUCUUCCUCGCUUCCACCGGCGGCGCCUACCUCUUAGGAACGCUGGCCCCGCGCAGCCCGGAUGCUUCCUCAACGCUUCCGCUGGCCCUCACGCGCGCCCCGGAGCACAAUAAUGACAAGGCGAACCUCGAGGCUGCCUGGGUCGACUUCGCCGCCAUCGUCGGCAGGGAGAACGUCAGCACCGUCGAGUCAGAUCUCAAGAUCCACGCCAUCUCCGACUGGUCCAGCUACCGCAGCAACGAGUCCGAGAAGCCCUUUAUGAUUGUCUAUCCCGGCUCGACCGAGGAGGUCAGUAGGGUUAUGAAGGUCUGCCACGCGCGACGGAUCCCCGUUGUCGGGUAUAGCGGCGGCACCAGCCUCGAAGGGCAUUUCACCCCCACGAGAGGCGGCAUCUGCGUGGACUUCAAGAGGAUGGAUCAGAUUCUCGCCCUGCACAAGGAGGACCUCGACGUCGUCGUGCAGCCCUCCGUCGGCUGGGAGCUGCUCAACGAGUACCUCGGCGACGAAAACCUCUUCUUCCCUCCCGACCCGGGCCCCGGCGCCCAGAUCGGAGGCAUGAUCGGCACCGGGUGCAGCGGGACGAACGCCUACCGCUACGGGACGAUGAGGGAAUGGGUCUCGUCGCUAACCGUCGUGCUUGCGGACGGCACCAUCAUAAAGACCCGCCAGCGGCCCCGCAAGAGCUCCGCCGGCUACGACCUGACCAAGCUCUUUAUCGGCAGCGAAGGCACCCUCGGUCUCGUCACCGAGGCCACUUUGAAGGUGACCGUCAAGCCCUCGAGCACGAGCGUAGCCGUCAGCAGCUUCGGCACGAUCCGCCAAGCCGCCGACUGCGUCGCCAAGGUCGUCGGCCAAGGCAUCCAGGUCGCCGCCGUCGAGAUCCUCGACGACGAGCAGAUGAAGUGCAUCAACAAAGCCGGCAUGACGUCGAGGCAGUGGAAGGAGGCGCCCACGCUGUUCUUCAAGUUCGCUGGCACCGAUCGAGACGUCAAGGAGCAAAUCCAGAUCGUGCAGGACAUGGCCAAGCAGUCCGGGAGCCAGAGCUUCGAGUUUGCCCGCUCCGAGGCCGAGAAGGCCGAAUUGUGGAGUGCGCGCAAGGAGGCGCUAUGGAGCACCUUGGCUGUCGCCAAACCCGAUGACAGGGUUUGGACCGGCGACGUGGCCGUCCCCUUGAGCCGGCUGCCCGGCCUCAUCGAGGAGACCAAAGAUGACAUGAAGAAGAGCGGCAUGUACGGUACCAUGGUCGGACACGUCGGCGAUGGGAACUUCCACAUCAUUCUGCUUUCGAAUGAAGAGCAGAGACAAGCGGCCGAGGAGCUGGUCCACCGCAUGGUGAAGAGGGCUGUCGAGUUAGAAGGGACUGUGACGGGCGAGCACGGAGUCGGCCUCGUCAAGAGGGAUUAUUUGCCGCACGAGCUGGGUGAGACUACUGUGGAUACGAUGAGAAAGAUCAAGCAAGCGCUCGAUCCGCUCAACCUCCUCAACUGCGACAAGGUGAUCCGGAUGCAGAAGCCGAAGCCCGGCGAGAUUCCCGAAUGGUGAUGCAGGCCCCCUUGCCCCGUAUCCAGAUCCGAAGAGCGACAACACGGCGAGCAGCGCGCUUUUCAUCCCAUAUAUACGUAAAUACCGUAUAUCUGCGAUUGCGGGAUAUAAAAAUCUAAGAAUUCCCAAACGUAAAUGAAUGAGGUCUUCCCGAGAGCGCACAUUUUCUGUCUGCUUCGGCCGUCCUUACUGGCCCUCGAUGGUGGUGUUGAUUUACCCCCAUAGGGAACUGAUUCAAGUACAAGAUAACCCAAGCGGAUUCGCGAUUUGUUCAAAUCUAGACGUGCUAU